AUGGCCGCUGUCUCUGGAUUCCAAACUGCCACAACCAGACGGAUGUCGCUAGAAAAUUUCCUUGACUUUGGCCCCCUAUGUACCAGCCAAAAGUAUAUGGAGUGCCACUUGAGAGCCCAGGAGAACUUUCAACAGUGUGGUCCUAAGGAUAGACUGUGUAGCUGCUACUAUGUGGAGGUAGUCUACAAAGAGUGUAUCAAGUUAUGUCCAACAUAUCACCACGAAACUUUCUAUCGGCUCCGGAGCCUCUGCUCUGACGUUCCUUCAGUGAAGUUUCCUUCCAAAGAGAAGAGUCAAGGAGAAGAACCUGCUUCGUGCUCCUUCAAUAAUACAAAGUACAUGCCCUCGUCUGGUGCUACGGAAACGGCUCCGACACCUGGCGGCUCUGGAAAUGCAACACUAACUGGCUGGAACGGUGCGGCAUCUGUCAGUAUCCGCGACAACUGCAACUUACAGCACCAGAAAAAGAUUCCAGACAUUCCCAAAGGAGCAGACUGGGCCCAGAUACUGCGCUCCACAUCUACAUUGUACAUGAGGUUCGGACCAGUAUUGGUAGCUUCUUUAGCACUUACUAUGUGGCUCCUCUAA